AUGUCGAAUUCAAAACAAUUAGAAAUCCUGAGAGCUUUCCGGGAGAGCCUGUAUGCAGAAGGCAUCUUACACAACGGGGACAGCAUAGGGUCAGACGAUGAAACCCUACUCCGAUUUCUGAGAGCACGCAAAUUUGAUUUAGCCCAUUCGAAAAAGAUGUUUAGAGAAUGUCAAAACUGGCGGAAGACCGUAGGCAGCGUUGGAGUAGACGAGCUUUACAAGAGAACAGAUCCCUUUGAUUAUCCUGAACGUGAGGCAGUAUUUGAAUGUUGGCCACUAUGGUUCCACAAGACCGACAAACAAGGACGCCCUCUGAAUGUUCACGUAUUCGGCGGCAUGGACCUUACAAAGCUAUAUAAAGUGUGCACACCAGAGAGACACUGGGAAACCAUGAUCGUUAAUGCCGAAUGUCUCACCAGGGAAAUCCUCCCUGCUUCGUCGAGAGCUGCAGGAAAACCGAUUGGAACGACAUUUGUGAUAGUUGAUUUGAAAGGAUUUGGGAUAGGUGCAUUUUGGCAGAUGAAAUCCUUGGUGAGAAGUUCCUUCCAAAUGUCGCAAGACUAUUAUCCAGAAACUAUGGGCCAGUUGGCCAUCAUCAAUGCUCCUUCUUCAUUCACGAUUAUAUGGAAUGCGAUAAAGCCUUGGUUAUCCAAAGAAACUGCGCAGAAAGUCGACGUGCUUGGAAGCGACUAUAAAGAUGUCCUUUUGGACCUAAUAUAUGCGGAGAAUUUGCCUGACUUUCUGGGAGGCACUUGCAAAUGUGCAGAGGAAGGAGGAUGCGCGUUGAGUGGAGCGGGUCCAUGGCAAGAAGGAAGGGUGGGGUGGGGUCCGAAAGCCAAAGCAAAGGAGAAAGUUGUUAAGGCGCGUAACGAUGACGGAUUUUCGGAAAAAUUGACACCAUUGGUAGUAAAUAACGGUCCCUUGCCAGUACUCGAAGAAUUUUGA